AUGUCAACUCGCAUCAACACGUCCAGGCGGAGGGGUGGAGGAGGGUGCUCAGACUGUGGGGAAGCAUGCACAGAGCCUAACCGGGAGUGCGACAAUUACGGCGAGGAUCAUGUCAUGUCGGUUUGCAACAUGCCGUGUGGUGACUGCGGGGGGUGGUCACCAGGUGAGUAUGAUGUAUACUGGCACAUGGUUGCAAGAGGCGAGCUUCCCGACAGGGAUUCCAUUCACGAGCCGGGGGAGAGCCACUUCGCGCCUGGCUGUCCUAAGGCUAAGAAUAACAGGUGUAAGUGUAUGCCUUUUCCGGUUUAUCACACGGCCAAGAGGUGUACGGUGAAAUGUUGUCCGGGGUGUGGACAUCCCGACCCGGGGAGACAUAAGGGGAAUGCGAUGAUGUGUACUUAUCGGUGUUUUAUGUGCGGGAUUAGGAACUCGCAUGCGGGGAAGGAUUGUAGGUUGAAACGGUGUAGGUGGGGAGGGGCGCAUUUGGGGCAGGAUCAUGGGUGGAAUCCGACUUGUCGGAAGAAGGGGUGUGAUAGGUUUUUGUGUGGGGUUCAUUGUCAGGGGUGUUUUGGGAUGGAGAGGCCGUUUUAUGAGAAACCGAGGAGAUGUUGGAGGUGUAGAGGGUUGGAGGAGAGGUUGGAGGAGAGGCCGGAGGUGUGGGGGAGGAGGUGGUGGGAGUGGAAGGAUGGAGCUGGCGACCAGGUUUUUUGCGGGUGGUUUAGGUGA